CCCGAGCAGGAGGGCGGAGCGGCUGCAGAUCGCGAGGGACAUGUGGACGCUCGGACGCCGAGCGGCUGCCGGCUUCCUUCCCCGCUCCGGGCCCCGAGGCUCUGCCCAGGCCCGCGCCGGGGCUCCGCGGCCGACGAAAGAUCCCCAGCCUUAUGGCUGCCGGGGUCUGCGCACCGGGACCGCCGCGGCCCGCGCACGCAACCAGUCGAGUGUGAGCCUCCGCUGCCUCAACCAGAUUCUGAAUGUCAAAAAGCAGAGCAUCUGUUUGAUGAAUUUGAGGACAACAGGAACUUUGGGCAAUGCUGGCUCUCUGGAUGAUACCACCUAUGAAAGGCUGGCCGAGGAGACGCUGGACUCCUUAGCAGAGUUUUUUGAAGACCUUGCAGACAAACCUUUCACAUUUGAAGACUAUGAUGUCUCCUUUGGGAGUGGCGUUUUAACCAUUAAACUGGGUGGAGAUCUAGGAACCUACGUGAUCAACAAGCAGACCCCAAACAAGCAAAUCUGGUUAUCUUCACCAUCCAGUGGCCCCAAGCGCUACGACUGGACGGAGAACUGGGUGUACUCCCACGACGGUGUGUCCCUCCACGAGCUGCUGGAGGAGCUGACGACGGCCUUAAAAACCAAACUGGACUUAUCUUCUCUGGCCUACUCUGGGAAAGGCACUUGCUGCCCAGCCUAGUGCUAAAGACAUUAAAAGCUCUACAGCCAAGACCCCAGCUUUGGCCUUCAGCCGAAUGGCUAGUUUUUUCCAUUCUUGCCUUUGAGGACAGUUAUAUUGUGUGUAGCUGCUCUGUGAAAAGACUGUGUCGCCUCUCGCCCU